AUGUCUGAAAAUGACAAGGUUGUCAGAAUUCUCUCAUGCUUAAAAAGAGAGGCCAAACUUCUCCUUUGGCAAACUCGCCUAACUAAUCAUUCAAAAUCAUUUGCUCAAACUAUGGGAUCAUCACUCGGUUGCUGUGACUCGGAAAAGGUUGAAGAAGCAGGGUUUGCAGUGGGCGGAGGGAAUAGCACUCCAUGGAGAAUUUUCACAUAUAAGGAGUUGCAUGCCGCCACUAAUGGCUUCAGUGAGGAUUACAAGCUCGGAGAAGGAGGAUUUGGAAGUGUCUACUGGGGUAAAACAUCCGACGGUCUUCAGAUAGCAGUAAAGAAAUUGAAGUCAAUGAAUUCGAAGGCUGAAAUGGAAUUUGCAGUGGAAGUUGAAGUUCUCGGAAGGGUACGCCACAAGAAUCUAUUAGGCCUGAGAGGUUACUGCGCUGGAGAUGAUCAACGCCUCAUUGUUUAUGAUUACAUGCCGAAUCUCAGUUUGCUUUCUCAUCUACAUGGCCAAUUUGCUGGAGAAUCUCAACUCGAUUGGAAAAAGCGCAUGAAGAUUGUCCUCGGCUCCGCUGAAGGCCUACUGUACUUACAUCAUGAGGUGAGCCCCCAUAUUAUUCACAGAGACAUCAAGGCUAGUAAUGUUCUUUUGGACUCAAAUUUCGAGCCAUUAGUCGCUGAUUUCGGGUUUGCUAAGCUGAUCCCAGAAGGUGUUAGCCACAUGACAACACGCGUAAAAGGCACUUUGGGCUACCUAGCGCCGGAAUAUGCAAUGUGGGGAAAAGUUUCAGAGAGUUGUGAUGUGUACAGUUUCGGAAUUCUCCUGCUAGAAAUUGUCACCGGUAGAAAGCCUAUCGAGAAACUCCCCGGUGGUGUUAAGCGAACCAUCACAGAGUGGGCUGAGCCACUGAUAACCAAAGGAAGGUUCAAAAAUCUGGUGGAUCCGAAGCUACGUGGAAAUUUUGAUGAAAAUCAGUUAAUUCAAACAAUUAACAUUGCUGCAUUGUGUGUUCAAAGUGAGUUCGAGAAGCGGCCCACAAUGAAGGAAGUUGUUGGAUUAUUAAAAGGGUACGAGCCAAAGACGAAGCCAAUGAGACUUAACAGUGUAAGGUAUGGAGAAGAUUUAAUGAGUCUUGAUCAGGCUAGUGAUGAGAAUAGUGAUAUUAACGAAGAUGAAAGCAGUGUAUAUGGCGUAUUUGGUGCAUUAGAGUCACAGAAGAUUCACGACCCUUACAAACGUUAUGGUGACAGAAGAAUGAACAGAAAUAUAUGAAACUUUAUCGACUUAUAAUUUGACAUAUACAUUAAUGCUAAAAGCAGUGCCAUUUCCUCCACCUGGGAGAAGUUGGAUCUCGAUGUAAUUGUUGCUAUUGUUUAAUUCUUUCUUUUCGCUUCAAGAAUUAACAAGCUUGUGUGCGUGGCAUUAGUUUGAGAUAUUCAUUUUGAUGGAUAAUAGUCCACAUUAUGUAAUCUGCAAAUGAGAAUGACAAUUAUGAAUUUAGAAACUAA